ACGGGGGGCGCGUAGUGACACUCUUUCUCUCGCGGUACCGUUCGCGAGGACAGUGAUCUCACAAACUUCCCAAGGAUGAGACGGCUCUAGCUGCCAGAAGCAAGGAAGCGGGUGAUCGUUUGUGCUGCCGUGUUAGUUUUACCAAAAUUGCCAAUUAAACCGGGCGGGUGCGCGUGUGAUUCUUUCCGAUGAUCUGUACAUAUUGUAUGCAAAAAAGCACAUAAAACAGGAGAGGUAAUCGUUUGAUUUAAAAGCAAGAACAGAAGUCUCCCUGUGCAGUGUGUCUCAAUCUCUUUCCCAGCUACCCUUCCCCGAGCCGAUCGGUAUGUUCUGUUGCGCGUGUUUAUUAAUAAAUACGAUUGCAAUACGAUCAUCGGUGUGGGCCGUCCCGCACAAAUGAUAUUUGCCAGAUUGGCUAGGAGUGUUUGAAAAGGGUUUUUUUCCGCCUUGAUUUUUGUUGAUGCAUCUGUCUGCCGAUCAUCGGUUUGCCGGUGUCCCCGAAUGACAGACAAUAAAUAUGCAUCGGUUUUGCCUGCGACAGCCAUUCGCCGACGACGGAAUUGUAUCUCCCCGGUGCAGCGUUUGAAGUUCAGCUUGCCGCAAAUGUGAGUUGCGUGACAAUUGGCAUCGUGUAUCGGGCCAGGGAAAAACGAACACAAAAAAAGAAGCAACGGAUAAAGUAGCAGGCUGCCCUAUUGGUGGACUACUUACGGUGGGAUAGAGUUUACGCCUGUGGGGGUAAAGUACAGCCCAGCAAAAAAAGGCGAAUCCGUAUGCUGUACAGUAGUGCGAGUGCAGCACCAACAACAAAAAAAGCGCAGGAUACAGAGUGAAUAAAAACGAGUGCGAGCGAGCGAAAGAGUGUGUGCGUGAUUAAAGAAGAAAAAAAAACACAGCAAGAGAGUGAUUAAAAGCGAGCAAAACGCGGUACAUCGUGGGAAAACGAAGAAAAGCAUCCCCAACGCACACACCAAUAAAAAAAGGUUUGAAAAAAAAGCCACCCCUAAAUGAGGGAGAGCGAAAGUGGAGUCUUGCAGUGAGAGAGAGCGAGAGAGCGAGAAAGUGAGUGAGAGAGUGAGUGCGCGCUUAGCGAGAGCUGCUUGCGGAGAGCGUGAUUGCUCUUGCUCUUGAGGUCGAGCUUCGAUUGCUGAGUUGGAAUCGAUUCUCGAGCCCAUCGAAGUAGCAGCAGCAGGAGCAGCAGCAGUAGCAGCAGUGUGGCUACAGUGUAGUACGCAGAUUCAUUUGCUUAUCAGUGAAGAAAAAUAGUACACAGUGCGGUCGUGUAAAUCAAGCACAAUCUGGAUGUUGUGAGUGAAUAAGUGAGCGGAAAAUAUUUGGAAAAUCAACAAGGAAAGGAUACUGCUGUGGUUUUAUGGUACAGUGAAGCCUUGACCUGGUACAAACGCAUUGUCCGCAAGAUCCGAGCUCUUCCAUUUUCCCACGCCAUCGUCACCAGUCAACUCCCGUUUGUCAAGGAUUUGUGGAUUAGUUUCCGGAUGGUGUCCGUUUUUUGCAUUGCACUCUCUGUUACGGUGUAAAAGUAUCGCAAUACUUCUGACAGUUAAAUCCAACGUUCUUCCAUUACGGUGCGGUGCGUGAAUGAUUGCACAACACUAACGUUGCUGUACUAAAAGCAAAAGCCCCACACCUGCGUACCCGGUGGUGCGAUCAAUGUGUGAGCUCGGAUAGAGUGUGUGCCACCAAUAGAUGAGCGGCUGCCCUCGAACGCCCGAAGUCGAACCACGCCAACGAGGACGAUAACGCCGCCGAACAAACGACGACGGUUCGGAGCUGGUACGCAUUCGCCCCCUUCGCCGACGCCACGUCAUGACCGGAGCUGAGGUAACCGUCCUCCCGGAUCCGGUGACGCAGUGAUGCGGCGAGGGUGCAAUGCUUAUCUCGCCCGUCUCUGUUUCAGGAGUUACGAUGCAUGGGCUGAGUCACCUGCAAACCGGCUCAACCCUGGAGGCGCUCACGCAGGCCACGAUCAUCCUCAUCCUAGCGGUCGCCAUCGUCAUCUCGAACCUCAUCGUAGUAGCUACAUAUCUUAACUUUAAGGGACCUCAUGAGGUUAUAAACUAUUACCUGCUAUCGCUAGCGGUCGCCGACCUGCUGUGCGGUCUGUUCAUCGUUUCGCUCUCGGUGUAUCCGGCCUUCAGCGGAGAAUGGAUAUACGGCGACGUGGUGUGCCGGAUGGUCGGCUACCUGGAGGUGACGCUCUGGUCGAUCUCGGUCUACACCUUCAUGUGGAUCUCGGUCGAUCGCUAUCUGGCGGUGCGGAAGCCACUGCGCUACGAAACGAUCCAAACCAAGACGAGGAAUGGAAGAUGCCAAUGCUGGAUGGCGUUCACGUGGAUCUCGGCAGCCAUGCUUUGCUGUCCACCGCUGCUCGGCUACAACGAGGCCAACUACAGUAAAACCACCAACAUCUGUAUGCUCGAGUGGGGCAACAUGGCGGCUUAUAGCGCAACGCUGGCAAUCCUAGUCCUGGGGCCGAGUGUCAUCUCGAUCGUCUACAACUACGGCUACAUCUUCACGAUGAUGCGCAAAGUGCGAUCGGGUGCACCGAUCCACGAUAAGGAGUACGCCACGGCGCUCGCCGAGAACCUAGCGAACCCCAGUCACUGCAUGUCGUUCGCAUUGGUGUUUUCCUUCUGGAUCUCGUGGGCACCGUACAUUGGGUUGCGCAUCUACGAGCUGGUGUCCGGGGAGACGAUCGACAAUCCGCUGCUGCACUUCGGCGCCGUCUGGAUCGGCAUCCUCAACUCGUUCUGGAAGAUCAUCAUCAUGACGAGCAUGUCGCAGCAGUUCCGGCUGCUGGUGCGGCUCCUCUUCCUCACGAUCUGCUGCAAGACGAAGGGCCGGCUGCAGGCGGAGCUGAUCGGGCUGGAUCCGGACGACUAAGGCGGGAUGGACUGCACAGACGGAUGGAUGGACUUCACAAACACGCGCACUGCUCUGGUCAGCCGGUGAGCACGAUUCCGGAGAGUUGAAUCGAACGAUCGUACAAUCAACUUUACUUACACACACACAUACACACACAGAUAUACACAAACACUUUGUGCUAUUAAACUGUACCGACCCGAUCCCGGGACAGUCCCAGAGGAGUAGGGUUAAUAAGGGAGUUAGGGUAGUUGGCAGCGAACUCAAAAGAGAAAAGAAAAAAAAACCACGCGCUUUUUAUUCGGCAGGGUUAGAGCAAGGUAGUUCCCGUCGUACAAUUACCACUCAAGCGAAACCAUCGACAGCAAACUGCACUACUACUACUACUACUACUAAUACUGCUAUUGCUACUAUCGACUACUACUUCUACUACUAAGAAGAGCGCUGACUUAGGCCGCCGUUAGACAGCGAUGGCAAACAUUGUAUCUUAUUCUCCCUUAUAUACCGCCCGCGCCAUAUAGCCGUACUCCUCUUAUACACCGUAUAAACGUGCGUGUUUACAGGUUAUCCCGUUUUACUUCAAUCGGUAGGCCGUAGGAAGCGCUGCUAUAAAGCUGCAUUAACUUCUAGCUGCUAAGAAGGCGGGUAGAUCAGACAGCUAGUAGCCUAGUAUACUAUGCACCUGCUACUGCUGCGGCACCCACUUUGUCGCGUGCCUGUCUCUCGGGUAGUCUCUCGGCGCGGUAGACUCAAUUACAUUGCUACAAAACUGUGGGCUGUGUAUGUGUGUUUGUGGGAGAAAGGCGCAGAAUGAUUGAAGAAGAAAAACCUAUUCCCCCCAUUAGAACCUUUUGAACAAUCAAUCUUUGUCACGAAUAGAUCUUUCAAUGUUUGUGUGCUGUUUGUUUGUGGGCGACGUUGCGCUCUAAGCUAGUACUGUGCAGACCGUUCGUGUGGAGAGGCAUGAAAGAAUGCAACAAACUAACCUUUUGAGUGAGACAGCAAGACGAGCUGCUGCGAUGUUUCUUUCUCCACGUGCGUUGCGUUCCAGCAGUACGAUGGAUAGAGCGAGAGAGAGAGAGAGGACUUCAGCAUAUGAAGGUUCCGGUACUUAAGCAAACACACUAUUUCAGGGCUCACCAAUAACCGAUACAUACUGUGGAUCGAAUUCAUACGCUAUCGGAAUCAAUAUACAAGGGAGAGAAGGCGAACAAGAAGAAGAAGAAAAAACACACCGAAACUGCAUCAGUAAAGUAGCGCAAAGCGACUACCGUUAGAUGAUAAAUAUUUGCAAACCAUGCCAAAAAGCUAAGAUGGAAGAUGGUAUAAAUUACCAAACAAACUAGCGAUACAGCAGACGUGACAGAAGAACAGGGUUAGGAAGUAACGCAUCAGGCCGCUACCACUAGCAAGCAAGCAAGCAGCGCUUACUACUGCACACGCUUGCAAACAAAAAGAGAGCCAAAAAGCCGUACAUAGACAGCCGCAAGCCGGAAAACAAAGCGUGUAGAGAUUGUAGGUACGCAAGCCUGUCAACAGUUUCACGUGCAUGGUUAUAUUUUCUAGAUUUUUAAACGAGUGAGACUAAACCAAUGUAAAAGUAAAAGUAAACGAAACAAAACACACUAUUUGCACGCAUCGCAAAGGAAUGCUUGCAAUUGCAACACACACACACAGGUAAGUGGAAAUAUAGAGAGAAAGAGAGAAACGAAACAUAUAAACCAACAUAACAAAAAAGGGAAGAAAGACGUUAGCAAACAAACAAACAAAAAACAGUAAGUGUGCAUGUUUAAUCUUUAAUAAAUGAAAACAAAAUAUUAUAGUAGUAGACUGCGAAGGGCGAAAGAGAAACUUGUUAAACGAAAUGCAAAACAAAACAGUAGCCAACUGAACCAGCUAAUCGCGUAGGAUCGGAUUGUUUGCUCCGAAUCGCAUGCUGGAGCAGUGUAUGAAACUAAAUGAGCGAUCUCAUCGUUAGAGCAGAUCAGUUUUGUUUCUACAGCUCAUCCCACAUUUUUCGGAGGCAGGGCGUUGUGAGCCCUCUUCUCCUCUCCACAUCGAAGCAAUAAUACCCCACCAUUAAGCGGCCCCUCACAAUUCCUUUCCUCUCCCACCCGUCUCCGUGCUAAUUGUUAUUCGUUAGUAGACCGGCUGCUUUGUUUUUGGGGGGAGGGACUGCGAAAUGAUCUAUUGCCAGGUUAUGCCAGCCUCCAGGCAAUGGGAAUCGUUGCAAUAGUCGAACCAGUUUUGUUAGCCACUACUUAUGUACAUAGGGAAAUACUUUCGCUCUCUGUUUAUUAGUAACGUUUGGGUUAGACACCGCAGAACUUUACCGUUAAGUUUGAAUAGUGUGCAAAGAGAAGUGCGUUUUAAUAUUAACUUUUGAUUACGGUGACUCUCUUUUGUUCUGAUUAUUAUUGCGAAUGCCUAAUUUUUUAUUCAAAUCUAACUUAAACAGUCGCGGAACAACAACGAACCUUUUCGGUCCCGGGUCAUACUACUAGAAAAGCUCUCGGUUUUUUUUUCCUCCCAAAAAAUAGAUACAACCUUUGUGAAAAAUCAAUACAGAGGCAUGAUGAACUAGACACCACAGAAGUCGGUAAAAGAAUAGGCUAAUAAUUAUUUAAUCGUAAGUUCGUUAACAUUUCGUACAAAUGUUUGUUCGAUGCUCUUAGUAGUCGUUACCAGAAAAAGAAAAAAAAAAACAAAAAACCCAGAGAAGCGAAACGAGUACAUAAGUGAAAAAAAGAACACCAGAAUCACGAAUCGACGCAAACACACAGGUAAAAGCAAGCUGGAAUAAAAGAUAAAUAAAACAAAGUUAAUAAGUUAAAACGCAUGCUAAUAGGGACAGGGAAAAUGAAGCAGCCCAUUAAGCCGUACUGCAAUAAGUAAUGAUGCACAGAAGUAAACGUAAGCAAGUAAACGAGUUUAGUAUGGUACGGUAGCGUAAACAGAAAGGACGGUCUCGAUCGGUGGUUUAACGUCGCGGGUACGAACACGGGCACGGGAACUAAUCUUAAGAAUGCAGGAAAAGUAAUAGUAAUGACACUGAAGAAGAAGAAGAAAAAGAAAAACAGGGACAUUUCCUUAGCAAAUGGUUCAAGCAUUCCUUUAACAUUUGUUUGUAAGAAGCAGCCGCAGCAGCAGCAGCAGUUAGAGAAAGAUGGGCGCAAAGGAGUGUGAGUUUUGGCACAAUACCUGGAGCUGGAUCCUCCUUGCGUGUGAUCGACCGCGAACAGCACUGGUGCACUGGAUCCAAUAAUGUCCUUCCAUGCGAUCACUAGCCAGUUCUACUAAUAAUGUUACGUUUAAAACCACAGCUACUAUUACUAUUACUACUACUACUACAGCUACAUCUACACCUGUCUUAGCCCAACUUUGAAUUGUGCACAGAAAGGUGCCGAAGUAAUGUAUCAGUCCGACACACAGUCACACACACUAGUGCCCUUUUCCGCUCGGCCCACCAAUUAAUUCGGGAGCAAGCAAUACCAAAAAGCUUCCCUCCCUAGCCAGUCCCCGCGCCCCAUUAACCAGUCUGUACUAUCAUGGUUUUGGCAUAUAUGUUUCCAUAAGGCCUACAUACACACCGAACUAACACAUGCACAGACACACACACGUACAUAAUUACCAUGUAAUCCAGGGUAGCAAAAGAUGUAGGGAUGCUAUUUCCCGUGCAAAUCCCGUGAAAUUCGUCACACGCGCGUGUGACGCCUCUCCUGGCGCCACGGCGUGUUUGUUUAGAUUAGCAACUCUUUAUCAGAGAUCAAACAUGGUUGUUGAAACGGUAAGGUAAAUGGAAUAACGAAACUGCCCCUAAGUGAUGGCGAACGUUUGUUUUUUGUGUGAGUUGCCAGCAUGUCAAAACUAUUUCCUUCAAAACGGGAUGAAGCGUAACGCCCAGACAGAAACCAAAGCAACGUACUUGGCGAGUGACGAGCAGGAGGUGAUCUUAAUUUACUAAAACAAUGUAUGAACCCUUUUAACGAUCCUUACUACAACAAGAUGUACGGUUGUUGCUUCAUCGCUGUGUCUCUGAUCGCUCUGAUCAAGAUUUAACCCCUCCGGAGUAAAUCGAUUUUAAGCUAUACUUCUUUCACACACUGCGCAAAACUAGCUGAUAGUAGCGGGAGCUGAUAUAGGGAAGAAGGAAAAAAGAUAGAGCUACGUUUUAAACGACUUGCAAAAACAGAAACAAGAUCCGUAUAAUCUCACAUAAACAAAAUCACAUCUUUUUAAGAACAAACUUACACCGCUACUGAAAUUCAAAUCCAAAUAUAACCGUUACAAUGCGUUACACUCCGAUACGCGUUACAGUCUAAGUAGCCCGCCAAUUCAGGGGAGUCUAAACCGUUGCUUGUAGUGUACGGAAACGUUGUUCAAUCCAGGAUUAGGCUUAUUAGGUCGGUGGUUUAGUACGGUCUGUGGGUGAAGAGAGUGCCGAAAACCCGAAAAUGAAAAAAAAGUGUGGUUGUGUGGUUUUACUUCUACUACAUUUUCCACCCCGUUGUCACGUGUUACCCCGUACAGCAAAGGCACACCAGCCCAUGCCGUGGAUGAGUGUGUGUGCGUGUGUGCGUGCACAGGGGCUAUGUAAUUCCAUAUUUCGCUUCGGUCGUAGACUAGUGUUCACUAACAAACAAAUACACGGUGAUCGAGAGAGAUAGAGAGAGAACGGUUGGUCGUGAUGACUCCCGUUCACGUUUAGUACAUGUAUGCGCAUGUAUACAUUAGUCAGGUUAAUAGAAUUGCUCAGCUCUGAGUGGACGGAUUGGGACGCGUUUCGGGCGAACUUUCUCACUUUUUCUCUCUCACACUCGAUGGAUGACGCUAUAAAGUCGAACAUUUAAUCUCAUUGGCUAUUGAUACGUGUAAACAGGCAAACAGAAAACAGUUUCAGUAGUACUUGCGGCUAAGCUUAGUGCAAACAAACACACACACAGACACAAAACAGAAAGCAAACCAACCGUUGCUUGAAUUUGACGAACGAAUACGUUUCAUGGGAUAUUUAUCUGUUUGGUAUGUGUUAUUUGUUUCGUUAGAUUUUUUUCAAGAGUAACAAGAGUUUAACAAGAGUUUUAGAUGGUUAACAUAUUCAGCUUUUUUUACUAGACAAGUUAUCAACUUUUUAUUCAAAUUUAAAAGACAUUAUGUUCAUGCAAUACUUCAAAACAAUUGUUCUACUAUACAAUUUAUUUACACAAUAUUUCAUAUUGUCUUUCUCUUUUAUUCGUUAUCUUUCUUUUUUAUUCGUUAAAAACACGACUGCACAUGGCAGUCAGAAAAAGGCAUGAGCACAUAGGACAACUAGUUAUACAUGAGGAGAAAAAAAAACAACAAAACUAUGUACAAGGCGCAAAUGAAGGCUACCGGAACAAAAUGCAAACCAAAACCACACAUGUACACACACUUUGUAGAAGCUUCCGUAUAUAAUCAAUUAAAAACAAAUGUGGGAAAUAAAACUACAGCAUUGUAGCAUUCGCAGCCGGCAGCAAAGAGACGUAACAUGUAAUUCACGAAGAAGAAAAACAAAACAUUAGAAUAUUUGCAAACUGGCUGUUCCAUCAUAGCGUGAAUGAAAACGAUUAAGAAGUAAAAAAAAAAACUUAGAAAGAAAUGUGUGACGAAUGAUGUCCAGAUUUUUUAAUUUAUAAUAAACCAUUUCCAAAUAAAAAAAAAGAAAAUGCA